AUGACUUAAGAAGAAAUUGAAAAUAUGGAAUUAAAUAAAAAAGAAAAAAAUAGAAUUUAUACUGAUUUUAAAAAAUAAUAUAAUUAUGAAGAAGAUGAUGAAGAUAAUGAUUAUUUUGAUGAUUAAAGAAUGAAAAAAUAAAUUAUGAUGAUCAAGAGUUAAAUAUAAGUUGACAUACCUGAAAAUUAUGAUCCUUACAAAAAAAUGAAGGAAUAUUUAUAAAGCGGAGGAAAAAUGAAAGAAUAUUAAAAAUAAAUUAAAAAAUACAAAAAAUUAAAUGCUGAAGAAAGAAGAUAAUUACUUGAAGAAUAGUAAAGCAUGGGUAUUUAAAAAUAUAAUAAAAUUGUAAUUAAUAAAAAUAAUUUUAAUUAAAAAUGGUCUAUUAAUAAAUAAAAAAGAUAUGAAAAUUGGGUUUUGGAAUAUGAAGGAAAAUAAGUAGGUGGUUUUUAAGAAUAAUUUCAAAUAGCACUUUUUAUCCUACUAGUAAUGAGUGUUAGUGGUAUUUCUGAUGUUUGGAAUUGCAUUUUAGAAAAAGAUAAUCAUUAAAAUAAAUAACUUUGUAUGGCAGUAAGAAAAAAAUUAAAUUGCAAAACUGUAUAAGGUCCUUUAAACGGUUUAAUUAGUUUGCAUACUGAUUAAAAUGCAAAUGCUACUGCUGAAAUAUCAUGUCCUUGGUAAUCAGGAAUUUCAGAAAUAAGGAUUUGUUUUAUUUUAUCGUCAAUUGUAAGUAUUAUAUUAGCUGCAUUAGCAUUAAAAAAAGAAGAUAAAGAAUAUUCAAAUAUGCAUACUGUUUCGGCAAUGUUUUUAUCUGUAUUAAUGAUAAUAUCAGCUUUAUUUGAUUAUAUUUCAAUAAGAAAUUCAUUAAUUAAUAAUUAUAAUUUAUGUAAUUUAAAAGAAGAGUUUUUCGUUGAUGAAUAAACUAAA